AUGGCGCUGAGCAAACGCUUCGAAAUGACGGAUCUCGGUGAGCUCGAUUACUUUCUCGGCAUGGAGAUCAAGAACGACCGUAAGACGGGAAUGGUGACUGUGCAACAAACCAAGUUUCUCAAGUCCGUGUUGACCAAGUUCGGAAUGGAUAACAGCAAGCCAGUGAAGACGCCUCAAGAUCCCGGCCUGAAGCUAACCAAGAACAUGUGUGAACAAGAAUGCAAGCACGAAGACACCAUGUGCAACGUGCCAUAUCGAAGUGCUGUCGGAGGCAUCAUGUAUCUCAUGGUCGCCACACGUCCGGAUCUAGCUGCUGCAGUGGGAUCAUUAUCCCAGUUCUCGUCCGACCCAUGCCCGACUCACUGGCAAGCUUUGAAGCGUGUGCUGAGAUACCUGCAAGCAACGCCCAAUCAUGGUCUUGAGUUUACACGUGAAGAAGGAAGCCGUAUCUGCGGGUACACCGACGCAGACUGGGCCGGCGACAUUGAGUCAAGACGAAGUACAAGCGGCUAUGUGUUCAUGAUGAACGGAGGAUGCAUCAGCUGGAAAAGCCAGAAACAACGGACGGUCGCGCUAUCUUCAACAGAAGCAGAAUACAUGGCGCUUUCCGAAGCAACCAAAGAAGCAGUAUGGCUCAAGGUGCUUUUGGGGGAACUUGGUGAGAUGACAAGCGACGAAGCGAUCAAGAUGUAUGAAGACAACCAAGGAUCAAUCGCUAUCGCCAAGAACCCGGAGUUCCAUAAGAGAACAAAACACAUCGACAUACGCUACCAUUUUGUGCGUGAGAAGGUGGAAUCAGGUGAAGUCGUUUUGGAGUAUUGCCCGACUCAAGAUAUGCUGGCAGACUUGAUGACCAAGCCGAUCGCCGCUGUACAAUUUGAAAACAUUCGCGAUCGACUUGGGAUCCAAGGUGCCGCAGCUAACGAGUCGAGAGGGAGUGUUGAAAAGACAGCGGCUGUGAAGAAGACACCUCGUCAAGCUGCGUCAAGUGUUGAAGCAAGUGGAAGACCAAGCUUCGCUAUACCGGUGGGUACCGGUAUGUACCAGUAA